AUGGGAGAGCAUCUUUCCCACGGGCUGUCCCCGUUGCAGGAGGAGCUGCGGCCUCGGCUGUGCCACAUAAAGAGGGGCCCCAAGGGCUACGGCUUCAACCUGCACAGCGACAAGAGCCGCCCCGGGCAGUACGUGCGUGCCAUCGACCCCGACUCACCGGCCGAGGCGGCCGGGCUGGCCCCCCAGGACCGCAUCAUCGAGGUGAAUGGGGUGUGCAUGGAGGGCAAGCAGCACGCCGACGUGGUGGCAGCCAUCAAGGCGGGCGGUGACGAGACCAGGCUGCUGGUGGUGGAUGUCCUCACGGAUGAGUUUUUCAAGAAGUGCAAAGUGGUUCCCUCGGAGCAGCACCUGACAGGUCCCUUGCCAGAACCAGUUGCCAAUGGUGAUAUAGAGAAGGAAAACGGAGGAGAGCCGCGGUCCAACUCAGUGUCCGAGAGUCUGUCCAGUCCCGGGCCGCUGGCCGUGUCCCCUGACUCCAUCGAGACCCACAGCGAGCCCAACACACAGGAGGGUGACAAGCGCCAUUCGGCAUCCGGCUCUCUCCUGGACCUCGACAUCCCGCUGGCAGUGGCCAAGGAGCGGGCGCAUCAGAAGCGCAGCAGCAAACGGGCGCCCCAGAUGGACUGGAGCAAGAAAAACGAACUGUUCAGCAACCUGUGA